CUCCCACUUGUUAAUGUUUGUGCAGAGGACGAUUUGAUAGGGCCGGAGGUGCUGGGUAAGGAGAGGGUAAGGUAAAAGAUAGAGAGAGAACGAGAGAGAGAGAGAGAGCGAGAGAGACUGAAAAAGGGGAGGUGGGAGGCUUAUCUCAUCAAAGACCUCUCAGGCUCUACAAGUUGCUGACGGAUGAGGCAGAGACCCUGAAGCCCUCAGACCCUGAAACCUUCACAGAAAGACCGACGGACAGACAGAAGGACCUACAGAGAGAGCAUAAACCUGAGGAUAACAUAUUCAUUUAGGUGGAAAUGACGUGGCAUGAGCUACGCAGUCGUCAGUUCUGGCGUGCCAUGAUGGCAGAGCUGCUGGGCACACUGAUUUUAGUGAGCGCUGUGCUGGGGGCUUCAGUUCCGGGCCUAGGAGAGGGCCCUGUGGGACCCCUUUACCCAGCUAUAGCAGUGGGAGUGGUGAUUGUUGCAGUGGCACACUGUUUUGGAGAAAUAAGUGGGGCGCAGGUGAACCCUGCAGUGACUCUGUCUCUGUUAGCCACUCGGAGGCUGGAUGUUCUCCGGGCCUUUGUUUAUAUAGCUGCACAGUGUUUGGGGGCUUCUUUGGGAACUGGGGCCCUCUACCUGGCCUUGCCACUCAAAACCACAGCAGAGCACUUCGUCAACAGGGUCCCGUUAGAGCUGAAUGCAGCGCAGGCUCUGGGCAUAGAGGUUUUAUGCACCUUCCAGUUAGUCUUUACUGUGUUUUCUGUAGAGGCUCAGCGACGAAGGGAAAGUCAAGAACCAGGAAACCUCGCCAUUGGAUUUGCCCACACAGCCGGAGUGCUAAUAGGGGGGCGGUUCUCUGGUGGGAGUAUGAAUCCUGCACGUUCUCUGGGUCCAGCUAUCAUCACUGGCUUCUGGGAAAACCACUGGGUUUAUUGGAUCGGGCCAGUGCUCGGUGCUAUACUGGCCGGAGUUUCCCAUGAGUUCUUCUUUUCGCUCAGUGCAUCUCGCCAGAAGCUGGUGGCCUGUCUGACCUGUAAGGAUAUUGAGAUUGUUGAGACAGCCAGCAUGACCGGAUCAUCACUUUCAACUGUCACACAGAACGCCAUCAGAGCCAAACAGGCCAACAAGCAAGAAAACAACUGAGAAAACAACUUCUUUUACAUAGAAGCAUCCUGCAGUAUGGCAGUGACUCUCUAGGAAGAUGCAUUGGGUGCAGAUCAAUAGUUGUGUUCAUCAUUAACGCAGCUGUGCCAGUUACAUUGUUCAAAUAUGAACCCAUUUAGUAUUAAAAAAAUAAAUCAUAUAACUUACAAAAAGAUACAGUAGCGGAAAUUGUGAGGAAAAUUUGUAAUUUAAAAAUAGAUUUUUGUUUUGUUUAAAACAUCUGAUUAAAAAUGUAAGUCCAGUCAUAAAGAUACAUCUUCAUAUACAAAAGGAGUUAUACCUUCAGAGACAAUUUGAGGGAGGCUGAAGUUUAGGAGGAGCAACUGAACAAUAGAAAAUUAAAUGUAAAUGUGACUCAUUUAAUGUUUGAUCAGAAGGCGCUUCAUGUUGUUCUUAAAGCUCCCGUGUCCAUUUUGGUGCCUCCUGGACAAAGCUGUACAUCUUAUCUCUGUGUGAUUUUGCCUUGAACGUGGGUAAGUCGUGUUCAAACAAAAAAAAAACUUUGCACUGAAAAAUGUAGCUGUUGGGGCAACGUGCAGUAAUGAACUAUUAGAAAUAAUAAUAAUAUUAGAAUAAUAAUCUUUUUGCCGACGGUCCUCUUUGCUUUUG